AGGGCCCCACGCUGGUCGCGAGCGGAAGCGGCCGGCGGCGUCAGACGCGGCGCCUGCGAGCGGCAGUCAUGCCCGGGGACCACCGGCGCAUCCGCGGGCCCGAGGAGUCGCAGCCGCCCUCGCUGUACGCGCUGCGCUCCGGGCCCGACAACGACGGCGGCGACGACGACGACGGGGAGGGGCGGGCGGCGGGGCCCCGGGACCCCUCGCGGCUGCGGCCGGUGUACGCGCGCGCCGGCCUCCUGAGCCAGGCCAAGGGCUCGGCCUACCUGGAGGCCGGCAGCACCAAGGUGCUGUGCGCCGUGUCCGGGCCGCGGCCGGUGGAGGGCGAACGCGCGGGCGCGGCGGCGGGCAGCGCGGGCGGCCGCCUGCUCUGCGACUUCCGGCGGGCGCCCUUCUCGGGCCCGCGGCGGCGGCGGCCCGCGGGCGCGGCGGGCGGGGGCGGCGGCGGGGCGGAGGAGCGCGAGCUGGCGCUGGCCAUGCAGGAGGCGCUGGAGCCCGCCGUGCGCCUGGGUCGCUACCCCCGCGCGCAGCUCGAGGUGUCGGCGCUGCUGCUGGAGGACGGCGGCUCGGCGCUGGCCGCCGCGCUCACGGCCGCCGCCCUGGCGCUGGCCGACGCGGGCGUCGAGAUGUACGACCUGGUGGUGGGUUGCGCGCUGAGCCGCGGCCCGGGCCCCGACGCCGCCUGGCAGCUGGACCCGACGCGCCGCGAGGAGGAGCGCGCCGCCGCCGGCCUCACCGUGGCGCUCAUGCCGGUGCUCAACCAGGUGGCCGGGCUGCUGGGCAGCGGCGAGGCGAGCGCGACCGAGAGUUGGGCGGACGCCGUGCGCCUGGGCCUCGAGGGCUGCCAGCGCCUCUACCCGGUGCUGCAGCAGUGCCUGCUCAAGGCGGUCCGCCGCCGGGGGGGCGCCAGCCCCGAGACCGCCGCCGCCGCCGCCCCUGCUCUUGCUGCUGCCGCCGACGCCGACGGCGAGAGCCCCGCCGCGGCCCCCGUUGCUGCUGAGCCCGUGGCCUGAGCAGGAGGACGGAUUCGGACCUCCUCCCCCUAUCAUCAGUACCCUCCUCCGCUGCCCACACGUCUAGCCCGGGUGCUGCCCCCGUGGCCUGAGCAGGAGGGCAGAGACCAGACCCCCCCCCCCAUCCUCCCACACCCCACUUCCCCCCAGCCACCAUGGGCCCUGCAGCAGCCUCAAAGACCCCCAACCGCAAUGGUGAUGGAGAGAUCCGUGUCUUCAGCCUUCAAAGCUGCUGAUCCUGUGCCUUGAGCAGGAGGAUGGGGACCAGACACACACACCCUGCCCCCCCACUCCUCCCGUGUCCCCAACUACCACCAACCCUACAGCAGCCUCGGGACCUUGCCUCUACCACCGACCCCAUGGCCUGAGCGAGAGGGCAGGACAGGACCCCCACCACCACCCUCCAAGACCCACUGCACUCGUUCCUGCCAUCCGACCAGACUGCGUUUGGGGGUGCCUGGGAAAGGACUGAGCACUAAGAAGGGACAUUGCACCUUUGAGCCACUGAGCCAUUUUUUUUGUGUUUGUGUUCAUUAAAAGAUUGUUUGAUAGUUUUCCAA